UUGUUUAUUAAUCAUUGUGAAUUAAGUGGUAUUAAGUGUGUAACAAGAUCAACUUGUCCAAAGUUAGAUAAGAUUAUUAUCAAUUUUUAAAAAUCACAGUUGAAGAAGAAGAAGAAGAAAAAAAUUCUAUAAAUAAUGCCAAGAUAUAAAUUAAAAGAUGGUGUUAUCAUCACAGCCGAGUCUAAUAAAUUUAUUUGCUUAAUUUGUGUGGCUCCUAUUCACAAAAGGAAAGACAAAAUUGUUCAUCUACAAAAACAUCUUGAAACUGAAAUUCAUAUUGAUACAUUAAAAAAAUAUAAAGAAAAUUUUUCUGAUAACAUUGAUGGUAUAAUAAAGUGUAAAACGUGUAACAGAGAACUGAUUGCAGAAGAAUUUUUUAGUCAUGCUAAAAGUCAUAGAUUGUAUCCGUGGUAUUAUUAUACAAGGACAACUCAUUAUUUAAGAAACUUCAUUUUGUAUAUUGAUAAUUGCUUUUAUUGUUAUUUAUGUAAAGAAACAUUCAAUUAUUCACAUGAAGUAAAUAAACAUAAUAAAUCUCAAGAACAUACAGACAUCGUGAAGAAAAAGUUUCCAAAAUUAAAAUACAAUUUGUAUGAUUCACGUAAUAUUCCAGUGUCAUUUUAUCACAAUAAUAAUGUGUUUCCAGUAAAUGAAAAAUAUUGCUGGUGUUGGAUAUGUGAUGUUGAUAUUUUAACAUCAGAAAUUUCUCAGCAUAGUAAAAAACAUGUCAGUAACAUUGAUCAACAGAAAAGUGAAUCUAUUUUAAGUUGUAAAAGUGACAAACAAGAUGAGACAGUUGAUGGUGAUCAUGAUGAUGUUUAUGACGAUGACAAACAGUCUUUACAAGUGUCAGAAAAAUUAAAAUAUUCAACGAAAUAUACUGGACCAUUUCCAUUCACUUGUGGAAUAUGUGAUAUACGAUUUUCUACACUAGAACAAGUACAAAUUCAUUGCAAUGGGCUAUCACAUAAUGAUCAAUUAGAAAAGUUAGAAAAUAAAUUAAACACUCUCCAAGAUCUUGAUGAUCUUGAUUUACCAAUUGGAAUAAAAGUAAAUUAUCUUGAUGAUGAUGAUGAAUCAGUUGUAUUUGAAUGUACAUUGUGUAAACUUAAAAUGUUUACAAUAACAAAACUUUUGAAACACAUUGAUUGUAUUGAACACUUCAAAAGGUUGACAAAUAUUUAUACUGAGACUGGAUGUUUAAAGAAUACUAAAUUGCCAGUAGGAAUUUUGUCAACUACAAUCAGUGACAUUUUUUAUUGUCGUCCAUGUCAUGUCACCAUAAGAGGUUUUGAUAAAAUAUCAUGUCAUAUUCAAGAUGCAGAACAUGCUAAGUUAAUAUUGAAACGCCAAGUAAGUGGUCCAAGACCCAUUAAAAAGCAAUAUUUAUCAGAGGAAUAUUUAAAAAUUGCUGAAAGUACAAAUGAAUAUCCACCGGAAAUUAAAUUUAUUUCUGAAAAAAAUAAUAUAUGUGUAAAAUCAUUCUGGUGGUGUAUGGUUUGUUCGUGCAUUUUAAUACAACCAUCAAGUUUAGAUAUGUCAAUAGAUAUGAAAAUUUGGACACACAUUGUUGGCACGAAUCAUGUUAAAAAUAAAAAAACAUUCUACAAAAAUAACUGUGAUAUUAAAAAAGAAGAACAAGACAAAACAGGUGUAGAUGAUAUUGUUAUAUCUCUUCCACUUGAUGAUUUGUAUGAUGUACAAAUGAAUGACAAUGAAAAAAGUAGUACAACAUGUAAGCCUUGUAAAUUUCAUAUUUACGGAGAUAUUUAUGACAUCAUUCCAGAUUGGAAUCAUCAUUUGUCCACCAAGAAUCAUCAGCAAAAAGAGUUGGAGUAUACAAAGAAAACAUAUGAAUCAUCAGAGUAUUUAUUAUGA